AUGUUUGGGUUGCUACUAAACCAUCAAGAGGAUCAGCCACUGUUCUCAAUUCACAGUAUCAGGUAUCAGGUAUCAGGGAAUGCAACACUUAGAAUAUCAAAUGUUCAGACAAAGGACAAUGGUGAUUUUGAUUGUCAAGUGGUUUUCACUUCUGGUGUUCCUCCUGUGAUUCAGGAUACUGCUAAACUAGUAGUUGUCGGUAAGUUCCUCAACUAAGUUAAAUGACUACUGGAUCAGUAUCUGGGCAACUGCCCACCUACCCCUCCCCUAACUCAACAUUAACCCUAAAUUGUUAUCAAUAGACUGUUGUUGGGUUAGGGGAGGGGUAGGUGGGCAGUUGCCCAGAUACUGAUAUUGAUCCUGACUAUUUAUAUUGGUAGCACAAAUAUUUCCUAGUUUUGACAUUUUUAAACUAAAGCUGGUGACACACUUGAUGAUUUUUUCCACAGAUUGCAUGCAGCCAAUUUGAUCACCAGCAAAGAUCAGUGAUAUCUGACAUGCCAGAUAUCAGCAAUCCUACAUGCCUAUCAUAGCAAUCCACAGAAAUUGCUAUUAUUGUGUCAAGCACACCUGGUAAUUUUAGCUGAUCAUUGCAAUAAGAAUAUAAAAAUUGUCAAGUGUGUCAAGGCUUAAGGACAGAUUUGAACCCCAGUAUUAAAACUCUUCUAUCUGGUAAUUCAAAACUAUUUUAGGAUGCUGUAAUAAACCCAUGAUUAUCUGACCUUUGUAUUAAUAAAAUUCAUUGUUUCACACAGUGAGCCCAACAAUUACACUCAAAACUACAACAGCUAUAACUUUGGAUGAAGGUGCUACAAGAACAUUGUUUUGUGUUGCCAGUGGCAACCCCAAACCCACUUACAGGUGGUAUAAAGAUAGUGUAAAGAUUCCAGAAGAUCCAAAUAACUCCAACUACACAAUAACAUCAGCCAGCAGGAAUGAUGCAGGGACGUACGGAUGUGAAGCUGUUAUUAAUGUUCCAACUCUUGGCCAGUACAGUGACUCUUACACUGUUCAGGUUACAGUUAGAUGUAAGUCAACUCACAAUACCUACUUCUAUUCUUUUCCCUGGAUAGUUCAUUUAUACAUUUUGUUUACUAUUAUGGUACAAUGUUAAAUGGAUGGUUAGUAAGAUGAAGGAAAUAACCAGCUUAAAAAUUCAUCAAAAUGGCCAACAAAGAAAGGUAUGAUAAACUGCUAAGAAUAAGUUAGUUGUUUUGGGAAACUCACUUACAGUGCAUUUACAGGUACAUCCAGUCACAACUGAGCACAACAGCUUAUAGGUGAUGCAAUUACACAAUCUCCCUCAUGGCCUGAAAAAGAGAAGCAGUAUGCAGUUCAAACAUCGUGAUCCACAACCGCAGUGACCACAUUGUGAGACAAACAAUCACAUGUGUACUCCUCUUUUGUGUAUCAAAGACUGAAUGCAAUAAAUAUCAGAUGACAUAUAUGUACAGUUGAUAUACAUUAUUUAGAGGAGAUCAGGGACAAACUUUCAGAUUGAAAUGGCCAACAAAGACAUGUAUGAACAGUUACUUGUAGAAGAAGUUUUGAACUUUCAGAAAUCUGUUUCUUGUGAGUCCAGGUUUGAAUACAAGUUCAUUAAUUUUUUUUCUGGUUUGUUGUGUAAUUUCUGAACCAACCACAUUUUCACAAUACUUCAGUUAAAGGUCAAAAUGAUAUGGUUCUUUGGUUGAAUUUUUAUCUAUGAGGACAUUUUGUGAUAUCUGUUAUACAAAGAAUGAAUGUCGUUGACAAUCAGUCCUGAACAUUAUCUCCCAGGACAUGUGUUGAAAUGUUUUCUACAUGUUCAUGGGAUCAUUUUGUAAAUUGUUCAUGUAAAGGUAAUUUCGAGAAGGAUCCAAAAUUGUUGCGACUAUUCCUGCUUAUUAACCCUUUAACUCCCAGAUCAAAUUUGUAAUUCUCCUUACUGUCAACCAUACAAUUUUUAAAAAAGUUAGUUCAGAGAAUUAGUAUUGGAUCAACCAAUUAUCUCCAAAUUUAUAUUUUCUUUAUUCUCAUGAUUUAUCUGGUUGAUAUUGUAUUGAUAUUCUAAGGAGAAAUUCUGUCUUUUAAAAAUAUUUGAGAUAUUACAAUUUUGAUUGAAAAAAAAAUUAGUUUACCCUUAAACCCAUAGAAAAUUGAAACAUUUUUUCAUUCUGGAAAGCAGUUUAUCUAACUUUCUACUUAUUUACUGGGUGUAAAAGAUCAAGAUGUUGGAAGAACACAAGAAAAGUUUGUAAAACUCUCAUCUUUAGUUUCUUGGUUGAUAAACAAUUCUCACAAUUUUGUUUACAUAAUAUUAGUGUGGGUAAUAUUAGGCUGGGAAACCAGGACUGUUAAGAAAGUAUCCAGUCUAACUAACAGAUGUAUAGAAUUCCUAGGAAUUCUCAAAAAAUUCCCAAUUAUGCAAAUGACCCUUACAAACUGAAUUCCCAGUUUUCUGGGAAUUUCUAGGAAUCCUAGGAAUUCUAGGAAUUCCUAGGAAUUCUCAAAAAUUCCCAACUAUGCAAAUUAACUCUGAUUUAAAAAGCUUGGAAUUACUGGGAAUUUCUGGGAAAGGAAGACUCAGUUUUGUGAGGACUUGAAUCCCUUGGAAUUCUAGGAAUUCUCAGCUUUACAAACUACCUAUAAUUUAAGAAGUGUGGAACUCUUGGGAAUUUCUGGGAAUUGAAUUUGAAGCAAUUUUAAUACCCUGAGGUCCACAUAAAUUCUAAGAAAUUCUCAAUACCUUGAAUGUGAACGUUUUAAGAAAAAGAGUAAUUUCAGAGGCUUAAAACUUUGGCUCAAUUAAAGGUAUGCUAUACAAAACUUACCAAGAGAUAUACAUACAUGUACAUGUUUACAACUUAAAGAUCAUGAAAUUUAUUACUCAAACUAAGUUUUAGUAAAUCUUUACAUUAAUAUGGAUUUUCUCAUGAACCAGCUGUCAGUUAUGUUAAAUGGAAAUUGCCAACUUCCACAAUAAUUAACAAUAAUUACAUUGUUAUCUUACCUCCCUAACCUACAUUACUGGUUGCCUUUGUUAGAAAACCUUGGAACAGUCAAGCUCAGUUGCCUCAAACGCUGUCAGAGACUUUUUGUUGACAAUACUUUUAGUAGAAAUUUCAUGCCUUAGACAAACAAAUUCAACACCUAAUUAAUCUUUCUUUUUCAUGAUUGUUGUUGCUGCUUUUUUUUUUUCAGUUUUUUGCUCUAUUUUCAUGACUAAUUGCUGUAAUUUGUUUUGCUGUUUUUAUUCUUACAAAACAUUUUUGUAAGAGUUCCAAUACUUGUGGAUCAUCCACACAUUUUGCAAACAUUUGGCAUGCAGACAAGACAGAGGUAGUCAAUGUUCCCUUUGAGGAAAAACACUUUUUAUAUGACGUCUUCAAUUUACUUUAUUUGAAACUCUGAUCUGAAAAUAUUUGUCAACAAGACUUGUUAGUAGUGAGAAGUACCAACCAAGUUUCCUUUCAUAACUUAAUUUCUUAAAUGUCCCAAUCACUGGAUCUCCCAAAAAACAUUACAUCUUUUUAUUUUUGGCGCAAAUUACAAGUCCUUCUUUAUAUAAAAAUGAAAAGUGCUAGUCACACUUCAAUAAUAACAGCUCUUAAGUUUACUUGUUGUUCUUCUCUGUCUGUCAGCUAUCAACAAAAUUGUUUUAUACAGUGCAUAACUAUUUAUGGACCAGAGUUCCAACGCACCUCUGUAAUCGCAUAUAGCUACUCCUGUCUCUUGUACAAAUGUUUCUCCUUUGUAAGACGCACUCUACUCUGUUGUCAAUACUGCUUUAAGUUCAGUGGAAACGACUGACUGAGGAAUCGAGAUGGCGGUGUUGGAACGUGUUGCUGAACGCUUGCUACGGUCAAGCUUUGUAGAUUUAGGUACUGGUACACUGGGAUCAUCUAUGUAUCUCUUACACUUCCGAAUGUGGUAUCCUUCUUUUAUAAAUAUGAGGGUAAAAGACGAUUUGUAGUCGCAUUCAAAACUGUGAUUGGCUUGUGUUAUUUCUCACCUUUGCCAUUAACACAACUCAAGCGAGUUUCGAGUCUUUGUUUCCUCGACAACUUUCGGUCACAAAUCGUGCAUUUGUAAUACGAUCGAUUCUUGUCGAUUAUUUCUACAUAGAGUGAGCUCACAUCUUUAUUUAUAUCACCAAGCUAUCCAUCUACUAGAAGCAGAGAACCGGUCGGAGAAGUCAGAAUAAAGUUGUGCGCUUAUCUUAACACUGCAAUCGGCAAGCCAGCGGAUUCACUUUGCUAGCCAAUGACAAGUCCUAAAAGAUCCACGUGAUCAUGCCCGUGAUCGGAAACAAAGAAGACUCCAUUUGGCGCUCAUCUUUGAAUGUACUUUUCGUCGGUUGAUCGCUUUUCUCAACUGUUUUGCUUAAUAUAACAUUUCUAAAGAUAGCUAUUAUUGUGGUUCAAUGGGAAAACGAGAAUAGCGUGAGUGUUGUAAAAGAGAAGAAAGUCGUUGGCGCCGUGGAGUUAAAAGAAGGGACAACAGUUGACAUAUGGAUUGGUACAAACAAGGGUCGAGUGGCCAUCUGUAAAGCUACGAUUUUGAAAGUUUGUGGUGAGUAAAAAUUGCGAUAUUCGUUACGAGAUCAAAAUCUUAUAAAAUAAUAGAUGUAGCGGGUUGAAUUAAGCUUACAUAACGCUCGGCGCAACUGAAACUAGAAUAAUUCUGAGAAUCGAAUCGGUCACUUGCAUGCCGCAGUUUUUUAAGCUUAUGCUUUACAAUGAAAUAAACCUAUCAGCAAGGUUUCAAGAUUCCUCUAGUCACGUUUGGGAACAUUCAAGAUUCAUAACAAACCUUAGUACAUAAAGAAGCCCUCCUUGGUAAAAACAAAAUAAUGUAUUCAGCCCUUUUUUAGUAAAAUCCAUGAGAGAGAUGUACUAACUCCAAUAUAAAAGUCACUCAAUAUAACAGAGAUUUCUCAAUUUGAGAAUCCAAUGAAUGCCCUUUUCCUCAUAGCCAUCUUAAAAGCCUGGUCUGAGCUUUAAACAUACAUAUUUUAAUAUAUAUAUUUUUUUCAAAUUCAGAUGUCAAGGAAUCCAGAUACAAAAUGGUCAAGGUUCUUGUUGACAACCUCAUUCAAGGCCAACUCAUUGUGAGCCCAGGAAAAAAAAUACAAACAGUACAAACAGCAGCUAAGUUUGCAGUUUAGGAUAACUUCAUUCUAAUUUAUUGUUACAGUUACAACAAGAUUUUAAUCAAAAAAUCAAUUUUAUUUGUCUGUAAUUAGCCCCUUCACUCCCAAGAAUAUAACUAUAUAAAUAGAACUUAAGAUAUUGUAUUUUAUGGAAGAGAAUCAACAGAUUUUAUUCACAAUUUGUGUCAAACCAAAUUUAAUGAUUGAUUAGAACUAUUUUAUAUGAAUAGCUGUAAUUGAGGAUUAAUCCGUAUGAAGUUUUCAAGGAAAGAAAAAUAAAUCAAAUUCCAUCCUAAUAUUACCACACAUUGAUGUUAGUAAUUAAUCAAAAAUAUUUUACAUGUAAGCCUUAAUUAAGCUUCUAAAUAAAUUUCAUUGAAUACUUGAAUUUUAGCUGGGUUUUUUUUAAUUUAAAGUAUUUAUUUUAUAUCAUUAGCCUCAAAUUUUUGCUUAAAAUUCCCAGUAAUUCUUAAACAUUCCUAAAAAUUCCCAAAAAUUCCCAGAAGUUCCCAGAAAUUCCCAGAAAUUCCUAGGAAUUUUUUAGAUUUACAGCUUUUCAGGGAAAGUCAUUGGUUCUCUGAGUUGGAAUUCCUAGGAAUUCCUAGGAAUUCCAAGUCCUGUUGGCUAUAAACUUGGAAUCUCUGGGAAUUUCUGGGAAUUUCUGGGAAUUUCUAGGAAUUUCUAGGUUUUUAGAACCAGAGUUGUUAUGGUUGGGAAUUCCUAGGAAUUCCCAGUCCGAAUUUACCGUGAAAAUUCACACCUUUAUUCCUAGGAAUUCCUAGGAAUUCCUAAGAAUUCCUAGGAAUAAAUUCCUAGGAAUUCCUAGGAAUUCCAAGAGCCAUUUCGCAAGGGAUGGUACAUAAAGUGUACUGUAGCUUUUUGACUGUUCUCCUUACAUCCGUCGUGGGUUACAAGGCCAGUAAAGCAAAAAAAAAAAGUUCCCUUGUUACUUUAGUGUACAUGUAAGACUGUAAACUGUUAAUAUGGUGCAUGAAGUGUACUGUUAGCUUUAUGAAUUAAUCCUAAUGUAACCAAAUCAUAAAGAUUUCCUUUAAUGUUUUCAUAUUUUUAUCUUACAGUCCGUCCUGCACACAAAACAAACAGUUUGAGCAGUAAUCAAACUGCCUUGGAAGGUCGUACUGCCACAUUUUUUUGUCUCACCGAAGCAUUUCCCACUGCAACAACAUACAAAUGGUUUAAGGAUGGCACUGAGAUAUCCAAUUCACAAGAUUUUGAAAUUCUUAAAAUAAUUGAUACAGAAAGCAGACUGAGGAUCAAGAAUGCUAAGAAGGGAAGUGCUGGGCAAUACUCGUGUGAUGGAACAAAUGCAGUUGGAACUGGAAAUAGAAAAUCUGCUUUCUUAUUGGUCAACUGUAAGUUAUGUUAUUUGUUAUGAACUGGACAAUGUUUUAGAUUUGUUAAAUAUGUUUGCUGAUUUUGCUAUCCUGUGCAAGUCAUGAUACUGGUUUAAUUAAAAUUUGAUCCCAAUGGAUGCUUUAGAAUAGCUGGCAGAGAAGGCCUGGAGAGCCUCUUGUUGCCAAGGGGGUCUGGGCUCCUUUGGAACAUUUGGGGGUGAAGACUCCUGCAGUGUCAUUUUCCUGCAUUUUUAGGUUUGAUUUAAUUUUACCAUAGUGAUUAUAUUUAGCGCCCUCCCCCCAAUAAGUGCCCCCUCUAUACUAGACACUGCCUAAAAUUUGUUUUUGUCAAUAAGUACCACUAUUCUAAUCAGUGCCCAUAUUGAGUAAGUGCCCUCAAUUCAGUGAGGACCUCCUUAUGAAAAACUCCCUUAUUCCAACAAGUGCUAAGUGCCCCUAUUCUGUUUCAGUGAUUGCAAUGUUAAAUUAAAUGUGAAUUGAGAUCAACCAUGCUUCAUCUUCCUUUAAUUGCUCACACAAAGUUUUGUAACAAAAAUGUUGGUCGUCUACUCAGUCUCUUAGCUAUUACAUCCAUGUGAGUACACAGUUUUUUUUCAAAGGAAUGUGGCUGUCUCAAAAUUUUUCAGAGAUUGCUUGGCUGGUUGUUCUGGCCAGGAAGGAUUCAGGGACAACAAGCACAUUUUCUUUCUUGUGUUUUUGAUCCCCCUUAAAUGAAUAUCAAAGUUUUGUUUGGCACAUUAUGUUGUUGUUUCUCAAAAGAGAAAUAAGCACCUUCUAAAAAGCACUCUGUUUUGAAUAAGUGUCCUCCUUAGAGGUAGUAAAAGUAAAAAGCGUCACAGGCACAAAAUCAAAUCAUUAUGAUAUGUUGCAUUGUUGUGCGUAGAUGUGAGUUUAUUUGAAGAGAAUUACUGUACCUGUACAUGUAUGUUAGCAGGACAAAGGCAUUUGUGUGAAGGCCACAAGCAGUUACUCUCCUUUGUAGGAGAGGUUCCAUGUUUGGAGCAGUUCUGGGUUGCUGCAUGCUUCAUUGUGUUUUUUGUUUUCUGUCAGAAUAGACUGGUACGCAGACAGGUGUAAGCUCACACUGCCUCUUUUUUAUCCUAGAUGCACCUCAGCAAGUCACAGUGAAUCCAAAUCCAGCAGUUGUGGAACUUGGUCAAAGCUUAACCCUCACAUGCCAGGCUGAUGGAUUUCCAAAACCCUCCUACUCAUGGAAUUUUAAUGGAAGAGCAAUUGGAGACUCACAAAACACUUUGCAACUUGCAAGUGCCCAAGUGUUGAAUGCAGGGAACUAUACAUGUGUGGCAACAAAUACGUUUGGUAGUGCUCAGGAAACAAGGCUGGUGAAUGUGAGAUGUAAGUUCAGUACUAUGAAGAACUUUUGAAGCUUAAAACAGACUUUCAUAUGAUGCAGGUUAAAUUUAUUUCAAACUAGUGUGGUACAGGGACAAAUUUUAAAAUCUUGUUGACCUGAGAGUUAUUUGAAAUCACAAUUUAUAACUUCACCCUUUAUACCCUUGUAUCAUCAUUAUGCAUAUUCUCCAGACUGUUCUAUAUACAUUUCUUAAGGUGUUGACCAGGAGAAUUUGUCAAACAAUUGAGAGCUUCUUUAGUUGGUGAUCAAUUCCUUUCUUCCUGAGACCUUAAUGUUUGACUCAGGGGUUAUAUAAGAGCUAGUCACUCUUAGGGGUGAAAGGGUUAAGGUUACUUGUUACUUCUCUUGGUAAUUCGUUAACUAAAUGAUAUCAUUCUUAGGCAUCACUCUAGCAGAAAUAUCUUUCAUUUUGGUUGAAGCUUACACUUUCUAGAAAAAGUUAAAAUUUAUCAAGUUUAUUAGGUAAUAAAGUGGCUCAACAGGUGUCUGAUUACAAUGUGCAGUUUAAGAAUGAUUCUGAGCUUCUCUUACUAAUUGACAGAUAAAUCAACUGUUACAACCUUUACAACUGGGAAUCCUGAUAAUAAUGCUGUGGAAGGAACAAGUGUAACUCUUACUUGCACUGCAAAUGGCUAUCCUGCUCCAACAUACACCAUCCAACGUACAACACCAUCAGGUACAACACCAUUGGCUGGCACCUCAGGGGGAACAUACACAAUUCCUAAUGUGCAGCUUACUGAGGAGGAUAACUCAUACAGCUGUGUGCCAAAAAAUGCACUUGGAGAUGGGCCACCAAAAUCAUUGACAGUUAAAGUAAUAGGUGAGAAAUAUAUGUAGUGCUACCAAAACACAACCACCAUGGAUAAGCGGAGUAAAACCACAGUUUUUUAGAAGGAAAAAAAACAGUUUUCAGAAAUCAGAAUAAAGACAAAAUCCCUGAUUUGUUAAAAAAUAGUGGCACAUCAGAUUUCUGUAAACUGUUAUGUCAAAAAUUGCCAAACUGGUGUUAGUGAAAAACAUGAAAAUGUAUAGGUUACUUGUGUAUAUCCAGGGUAUUCCUUGACAACACUCACAGUGUUAUGAAGUGAAAGCUAUAUGUUUAUUAUUUAUAUCUGUACAAAAAAUGAAAGAUAAAUGGAAAGUUCAGGCCACAGAAUUUUAGCCAGACUGUUCCGGGUAUAAUGUGUAGCAUUCUGUGAAAUCCAUUGCCAAAUGAACACCCUGUGCACAUUUCCCUGGCAAUUGAUCUUUGUUUCCAGUAUAACUUAUGAAGUGAGGCCAUGAUUUAAUCUGGUGCAAAAUUUUUUGCAGUUGUUCCCCCAUGUUAAAGCUGUUGUUUGCCUGAUUUCACAGUCAGAAAUUUAUGUAGCUUUGCAUUUAAAAUCUUUUAAUUUUUUUGUAUUACAAAUCUAUGAAGUGAAGCCAUGAUUUUAUCUUGUGCAAAAUUAAUUUAAUUAAUAAAUUUUGCCUUUCUUUAUUUUACAGUGCCACCCUCAUUCCAGAGUAAUUUGCCAAACAAACAAACAAAGACUGAAAAUGAAACUGUGAACUACGCAUGCAUAGUUCAAGCCAAACCUUAUGCUCAAAUCGUUUGGAAGCUGGAUGAAAAAAAUCUGACUGGCACACCAUACAAUAUCACAACUGAAGUCCCACCAGUUCAAAAUUCUAAACUUUUGAGAACUCCUUCUUAUCUGACUAUUGAUAAAGUAACCUGGCAGCAGAAUGGGACUUUCUCUUGUGUGGCUUUCAACAGUGCUGGUCAGAGGAGGCAAACCACAGAUCUUGAAGUGCACUGUAAGUAUUUGAUCAAAAUGAAUAGGCAUUUUUGUUAGGAUAGCAACCAUCCUUUUUUCUCACAAGAUGAUGGAAAAUGCUGAGUUUGGUCUUAAUGCAAUGCCAUGUAUGGCCUCAGAACCCAAUUCUGACUCAGCUAUCUCUGCUACAGUUGUUACAGACAAAGUUGGAUAGGACUUUGUCCUGUCUCUUCUCUCUGUUUUCUUGUGGUUUUUUUUUUGUUUCUUUUUUCAGUUUGCACCUUAUUCAUAUAAUUGAGGGCAAUGAGCACAGUAAAAUCACUGUAUGUGUACAUUACAUGGCAGUGUUAAAUUAAAACUCUUAUAGACCAGUUGCAAAAUUGUUGAUUCUUCAAGGGUUGUUAGGAUAUGUUUUUUGAAUGUGAUUGACAUGUGAUCAUGUUGAUGUUCAACUGAGACACUGAUACUGUACUUCAUUUUCUCAAUUUAGCUUUGCUAUCACUCAGUGAAUUAUGAAAUAAUUAUUUAGAAAUCAGAGAAUUUCCCAAUUCUUUUCAAUACUGUUAGUACAUGCUCGCCCUCAUAGAAGUGGGUGACAUGUACAAUGGCCUUACAGUCAGCUCUCUGGAAUCUGUCUCAAAAGCUCCUGGCUUAAGCCUGAUGUAGGUCACUAGGUUGUGUUCUUAAGCAGGACGCUUUCCUCUUGCAGAUCCUCUCUCUAGCCAAGAGUAUAAAUGGGCAUCAGUGGGAAGCCCGAUGAAAUGCUGGGGGGGAUCUUGAGUUGGAAUAGCAUAUCAAUUAGGGGGAGGGACAAUUUUUUGAGCUGCGUCAUCUUACAGAACUAGGAGAAGCCCUAACUAAAUGGGCCACAUGGCUCAGUCACAUUCAAGGGUCUAACUUGUAAUGUUGGUAUUGACAGAGUGCUAAAUCCAAAUUUUAUGCCCCUGCUUUGUGUAGCUGUCUAAUUUUCGUUUGAAUUUGAAAGUGAUUUGUGCUAGAUCCACUUUGAUUAUUACUCAUUGCCAAUUUAAUUUGGGUCAUUGAUGUAUGAAAUUAAGUAACCUUGGCAUUUUUCUUUGUGUAUCAGACUAUUUCAUCAAUUUACUUUUGAGAUAGAGUUUCAAUUAUGUUUUUUUAAAUCUUCAGAUCGACCAGUUGUUCAGUCUAUUGCUGAUCAUCCGAAAAAUCUCACACUGUCUGAGGGACAAAAAGCAACCUUCUCUUGUAAAACCAUCGGCAAUCCGCCCACCCUUUCACAAAAGUGGCAGUUCAAUGGAGUUGACAUACCUGGAGAAAGUUGCAGUGGCUGCUUAACAACAACCUUCACAAAGGCUUCAGUGACUCAGGCUGAUGCAGGAUGGUAUUCCUGUACUGGGACCAACUCUCUAGGAGAAGGACCUCCUGCCAGAGCACAAUUACUUAUUAAGCGUAUGUUAUAUUUAUCUUUUUAGAGCGCUUUUCAAUUGCGUGCUGCAAAACCUAAACCAUAGUAAUUUCGAUGGCCAAUCAGAAGUAAGGAAAAUACCUCUCGCCCUUUAACUCCCAUGUGUGAUAAAGACAGAAUUUCUCCUUACAAUAUAAAUACAAUAUCAAGCAGACAAAUGAUGAGAAUAGAGAAAAAUAUCAAUCAGGGGAGUUUUAGUUGAUCCAGUACCGAAUUCUCUCAACUAAGAUCAUAAGAAUUGCAUAGCAGACAGUAAGGAGAAUUGCUAAUGAGAACUUUUAAUAAGAGUUAAAGGGUUGAGAGCCAUUGACAACUUAAACUAAAAUAACCAAACCGCCUAAAGCGCGGGAAAACGUGGGUGACCAAUUCGUGAUUGGUUUUGGUGUUGUAUCUGAUUGGUGCAGAGAGUGGCAUGAGUUUUUUGUACCAACCACAAAGCAAGUUAAAGCAAAAGCAAAGUAAUCUCUGAUUUCUUUCGCACUUCGUGGAAAAUUGUUUUAAUAGCUUCAUCACCUGCAGUAAUUUUUAUUUGUCACUUAUCUUUCUUAUUUUUUUGUUUUACAAAAGAUCCACCAACAAUCACCUUCUAUCAAAGUGCAUUCACAGUUAAUGAAACAAACGAUGUUACAAUGACAUGUCGUGCAAAGGGAGUGCCACAGCCAACAAUUACUUGGAGAAAGAUAGAAGAUGAAUUAAACUGCUUGGGUGAGCACUGCAUUAUACGCAACAUAAGUGGCAAGAAUGAUGGAACCUACAGAUGUGUUGCUAGAAAUGAACUUGGCGAGGAUUGGAAAGAAAUCACUCUUAAUGUCCAGAGUAAGUUCUCGUGCACGUUAGAUGUGUUAGUCGUGUUUUCAUGUUGGACUUGGGUGUGUGAUCUUUGGCAGUAGUGGAUGUAUCAUUAAAUCCAGUUAACAGUGUCUUGUGUUUGAAACUAAGGAAUCCAAUUUCAGUGAAAUUAUCAGCCGGCGGACAAGCUUUCGUCAUUGGAUCUGCAGUAAGAGCCGGUUUUUUGCCUGCAAAUAAGUUUGAUGCUUUGGGCAACGCUAGCCGGCAACAGGCCUGCAAGUGGUCUGCCAGAUUCCUUGCAGACCGCUGGCUUCUUGCUUUGCUCAAGGCUUUUAACUUACUUUUGGUCAAGAAACGCGCGUGCAGGCUAAAAAAUUUUAUGUCCAAAAAAACCCCUGAUUUCAAAGGUCGCAUAGUUGCGAAAAUUCAUGGUGAAUCACUAGAAAUCAGAGACAAAUGAACAUUCAAAUGUUUCUCACAGUUUGGAUAAACUGGAGUAAUUGCUUUCCAACAGUACGUCCGAUCAUUUCCACAUCCACCCCUACAAGCACUCAAAUACCUGGUGCAGUAAGCGAGCAAGUCGAUUUAACCUGUAUCGUUAGCGGAAAACCUUCACCGUCAUUGUCAUGGAAACGUAAACUUAAUGGACAAGAUCUGAGCUCAUUGAACGAUGAAAAAGUGAAAAGUAUCAUUAAGGAGAGAGACACCAGUGUAUUGAAGGUUACAGUCAGUGCAAUAGGGGAACAUUUCUAUUGCGUCGCCGUAAAUCUUCUGGGCAGUGACAACCAGCAAUACACCAUAAGGGAAAGAGGUAAGUAGGACCCUGGGGUUAACUUUUUUCUCAAAUUCUCUGUGUGAUCCCCAGAUUGUAGUCUCACGAAGGAACAGAAAAAUUGGCGACUAUCAAUCUUUGAGGUUUGCAUAACAUUUCAUGGCGUUAUAAUAGGAAAACUAUGAAGAAAUUGGCCGAAGUAUACAAAAUGUCUGUGUUAACAAAUGUGAAUCCCACCUUCAGAUCAUCACCAGCAAGUAUUAAAAAAAAAGAAAUACAUAUCGUUACAUGACCGCUGAACACAGGAUUCAAGGAUCCUUAGAGAUCUUCGUCUGUAAGAGUCUUUGGCAGGUGUUUAACUGAGGACCCUUCUGUAAACCACUUCGUGACGUGGGCAUCCUCUGUAAAGAUUACUACUACUUAAAGAUCCUGGGAGGUUUUCCAUUAGUGUGAUCAUGCAGCACUUAGAAGAGACCAAUCCAGCGCCACCCCAGCUCAUCCAUCGCUAGGGAAAAAUUAUUUAAAAUAUAAACUAAGUGGGACUAUCUUAAAUAGAUUUUCACCACCCUAAACUGAAACUGAGUCACUUUCUUGGCAGGGAUUCCAGAUAAACCAAUUAAUGUAGACGUGACGUCGUUUCGAGACCAAAAUUCGAAAACUGUAAGUGUCAUUGUGAGCUGGACACCUGGAUACAGUGGAGGAUAUGAUCAAGAGUUCACAAUCCAUUAUCGCGUCAAACAAAGCAACCGAGACUUUGUGGAACAGUUUGUUGGUCACCCAGAUAAUAACAUGCACACUAUACACGGACUUUACCCGGAAACAGUGUAUGAAUUCUCCGUUCAAGCUUCCAAUAAAGUUGGCCUAAGCCAACCGUCAGAGCCAAAGGAGUAUAAAACACCGGGUAACAAUAACUAUAUAUAAACAAAGUAAAUCAUAGAAUGUUUGGGAAUGUUAUGAAAUAUUACGUGAUGGCAAUGACAAUUGUUCUUAUGGUUUUUUGUUUGUUCGUUUUUAGAGUCCCAGAUACCUCCGGACAGAGGAACUGGUAUGUUUAGAAAAUAUUUCAGUAUUAGCGAUUGAAAUCUGUCAAUUUGUACGUCUAACGGUUAAAAAUUGGGUCGUUUUACGGCUAACUGUUAACGCCAUUGACACCCUCCUAGUAGGUAUACCAGGUUUACAGGUGUACUUGGAAUAAACUACAGCUAGCAGGACAACUUGGCAUGCAUGCAGACUGUUUACGCCUUCAUAGCUCGUAGUAGAAUUUUCCUUAGGUGCAGCGGGGAGGGGGGGAGGGUACGGCUACACCUAAGCUAAACUGUCCUUCUUCCGUCCUUUCUUUUAGUCAAAGCUUUGAGAGCAUCGGACGACGCCUCUGUCAUACUGGUGGAAUGGACGAUAGCAGAUGACAAAGUAACAACUGCGACUGUUGAGAUUCAGCAGAGAGGAGAGGGCUCUUGGGAGCUUGUCGAUGGAGCCUCUAAGCUGAAAAGAUCUGUAUCACAGUUUAAAGUGAGCGAUCUGAAAGCUGACAGCUCAUAUAGAUUUAGAGUGGAUAUGAGACGACCAGGAGAGUCUGCUCCGGCUUAUGUGUAUAGUAAUACAGGUACGUGGUACAAUUUGAUUAGCGUGCAAGCAGGUCCUAAUUAUGGGAGCUACAGAACGCGCGUUUCUCCGCCCUUGGGAAGAUUGGAAACGUGUCGGGGAGAGGUAACACCAGCACUGACUAGCAGGCUUCUUUUCAGUCAUGCUUGCCCGUAAGUCACAAGGUUUGUAUGGGUUCUGGAAAACCUGGAGAGUCAUGUAAUUUGAGUUUGUCAUUUUCCAGGACUGGAAAGUCAUUGAAAAAAAUUACAGAUCCUUGAAAGUUCUAGAAAGUUCCGUAAAGUCCUGGAAAUCUUCCCAACUCAAGCGAUAAAGUUUUCAGAGUUCACUUUGUAGGAAAUACCUGUAGACCGUAAGGAGAAUUGAUUUGGAAAUCUUGGGAAUGAGAGGGUUUAAGGUGAAGUUUGGAAUCGUUGAAAAAUAAAUCUGAGACCUGGAAAAGUCCUUGAAGAUUGUUUCUGAAAAAGAGAACAAACCCUGAGUUACCCAUUGUACAAGGAUUGCAUGCGAUUUCCUAUACACAUUAAGAAGGAUUUUUUAUGCAUUUGUCAAUGUUUUUUAGUUCCGGCUGGCCCCAUUCCAGGAGCAGGAAGUGAUGGUGAACCGUUAAAAGGCUGGAUGAUUGCUGUCAUUGUUUUACUUGCUGGUCUUAUUCUCCUGGCCAUUCUCGUCCUGGCAUUCUAUUUCUUUAAGCUUCGAAAGAACGAACAUAGAGGUAAGUAUAAGACCGUGUAAGCAGUGGUUAUAAAAAAAUUGGAUACAAUUGGGUAUUUUUGAAUGGUAGGCGGGUAGUCGUGAACGCCUGGUGGGCUUUCUCUUCCGAGGGAGGUCUGGGCUUUCUAGGGAAAUUUUGAAGGUUAAGACUGUUUCAGUUGUAUGUAUUUUCCUGAAUUUUAAGGUUUAUUCCAAUUUGUGUUACUUCGUAUUUCGUAGAAGUCAGCCAAUUUGACGAGAAUUUACAAUUACCCCUAAGCUCGCAGUAGAAUGACGCUUAUGAAAAGGCCACGAGCGGGUAGCUAGUGAGUACAUUUACCCGCUACCCAGCUGUUAUUAUAAACAACUACCCAGCUGUUAUCAUUAACAAGCUUUAUGUGCGAUGAUUUGUCAUUAGUAUUAGAGCAACAUUUUGCCUUGCCUUGCUAUUCUUCAUGCUGAUUAAUGGCUUGUACAUAGUUUCAAACAUUUACGUACUGAGACUUUAUGAGGGCUUUUCAGAUAUCAUCAAUUUAAAUUUGUUUCGUUAGAUCGCACUUCCUCGUUGUGUUUCUCCCUGUGCCUUGAUUUCUUUUGUUUAUUUAUUUUGCAUCUCACUGACUUCCUUUUUUUCCUCAAGGGACAGCAGGAAAGGAAAGGUAAGCCCGCUAGGAAGGUUUAUGACUAUCUCCUCAUCGUGAGGCAGUGGAGACGUUUAAAAGCAUUUGCCAAUUGAACUGAAAUUAAACCAUAUGAACCACGUAACCAUAUAACAAAUCCUUGUAUGCUUAUUAGUUACGUUUACAUACGAGUUAGGGGUCUUUCUCCAUACUAAGGAUCAUAUCCAGCAGAUAACACUACUUCCUAUUACUACUUUGUUGAUCACAAGAUGUAAAGAACGCAACCGUUAACGUUAAGCAUGAUUCUUUAGAUCAGUUCUACUCAAACCAAGUAAUAUGUAGUUGAUUGUUAUAAUUUUUUGAUCUAAUCUGUAUUAUUGUUUUAGCAUGUAUAAAGAAUCAAUUAAACAAAGAGGAGUGAAAGUGAGUACAUGUUCCAUUUUUGGUAAAUAAAUUGCAUGCAUGUUUCAGUUUAAAAAUCCUUUGCUCGACUUGUAAAUUGCUUACUUUUAAAAUAAAUAUAUCAUUGUAUGCACCACUGUUCGUGGAAGAUAGUUCAUUUAAAAGUUUAUCAGGGGAGACAGGUUAUCUUUAAAAUUCGAAAGUUAAGUCAAUUUUGUUUCCAAGAUGGAACUUGAAAUAGAUGAACCUCGCGAAAUGCAUUAUAUGGAAUUGGAUGACAGAACUCGUUCAUCAUUCAUGACGGAUGCCACACGACAGAACAGUCCACACAGCACUGAACAAUACAGCGAGUACGCAUCUCUUGAUCCAUCAUCACGCUCCUGGGAGAUUCCGAGAGAACGCGUGACUAUCGAAAAGAUCGUUGGAAAAGGUGCUUUCGGUGAGGUUGCCAAGGCAACAGUCAUAGGUCUACACGGAGGAUCUGAGAAGACAGUGGUGGCAGUUAAAAUGUUGAAAGGUGUCAAGUUCUACUUCUUGCUUGAAUUUGUCGAAUCUCUUUGUUUAAAAUUGUAUGCCUCUGCAUAAUAUUUUUCUGUAUGUGUAUGGGAAUCAUGGCCAAUAUUCAGCUACGUUCUUAGCUUGAGGCCAGAAGCACUAUAGAAUACAUUUGUGUUCGUUCUUGUUUUUUUAAGAGUUCAAAUGUCUUAAUGUGAAAUCUCACUCCCAAUCAAUGGGUUGCCAGUAAUCGGAUCCUUGUGUUUGCGCAAAGACAUCUGGGAUCGCCUCGGGGAAAACAUUACAACUCGCUAGAAAGAAAUGUAUGGUGAAAGGUUGUUUCGACGUCCAAAAAACAUUUUGGUGAGAGAUCAUCGCUUCUUUGCCGCUGUUAUAUCAUAAGUAGGUGUGCGUAAUUUUGAUACAAGGGUAGCGCAAGGUUUUGUUUGAACAACCGUGAAAUAUGUAGUAAAAUCUAGCGAUUACCUUUUCUCUAUGCGCAAGGGUUUAGUGAAAUUGACAUCGCGUAAUGAUCGCGAACUUUAGAAAUAUCAGCUAUAAAUCGCCAAGAAAUGACUAACUAAGCCUUGUCAGUUUUAUUUACUUGUGUUAAGUCUAAGUCUAGCUUUUUUAUAGGCUUGGUUAACCAAAAAAACGUUACAAACAGCUAACUCGAGGCAGCAGGAGAUUGAAGUUGUGUGCUUGAGCAUUAAAUAUUAUCGUGAUAUAUGAAGUGAUUAAACACCUACAUUCCCUCUUUGUUUUGAUCAAUGAGAACGAACCAUCGUUGAUAAUCGACUUAAAACUGAAUCCCUUCUUAUGCAACGAUGAGUAGAUCUAAAUGGGUCCUUGAGGAGCAAUGCACAACUGAAUAAAUAAACGUCCACAUUUUCUGCCGGAGCUCCCGUGACCUUGCUUUUCAUGACCGGCAAGAUCCUUCAUGGAUUUCGAGGAGAAAAGUGGCAGCUCGAAAAACUUUGGAUUUUUCUCGACAAAUUAUCACUUGGCCGAGGGAUUUCCUUUUGUUUUUCAUUGCUUAUUUCAUCCUCCUAAAGAGCAACAACUCGGUAAAACAAUUGCCAUCUCCGCUGACGACGACUCCUCUCCUUUGAGGAGGUAUAUUUUCAGACAUCGUAAUCUGUUUAUUUAAUACGUUAACAAGUAUGAAAACAGGCUGUACAUACAAUAGUACAACGGAAAAGACUUAAGUGGGUUAUAUCCGUCCGAUUUGAGGUUAAUUUUGUAACAUGUCGAGACCAUAACGCGAUGACGAUUCCACAAUUAUAUUACAGAUCGUACGCAAGGAGUGCAGUUAAUCGGUAUAUUUUAUAACAUUUAGUGGUAAUGCUGACAAAAAUUGCUCUUCCCUCGUAUCAACAUUAUCUUAAUCCAUUUAUGAUAAAACUGCAGCGAAAAAGCGUUAAUCUCUCUCAAAAUCGUUUUGCCGGCAAGUCAUUCAGUCAUGGUUAAAUUCCAUAGCUCCUCCGCAUAUAUCACCGUGUUCGAAAUAAUCAACUGUUAUCUUUUAUAAAUUUCCGAAAAAAAAUGGUUUGAAAAUUAACAAUCUUUCAGACGAAGCUACUGAUUCAGAGAAGAAGGAUUUGCUGUCUGAACUUGAAUUGAUGAAACAACUCAAACCUCAUCCGUACGUCGUCUCACUUCUGGGGUGCGUCACGAAAUCAGGUAAAUUGAGAGUAGUUUAACAUUUGGUUGGUUUGGAUAGUUGUAAGAGUUUCUCACGUGCAUAUCAAGAGUAUUUCUCUGUAUCGACCUUUUUUUUCUCAAAUAAUGAUAAACUUAGAAUAAUUGUUCUUGAAAAACGACAUUUAAGUUGAAAAUGGAAGGAGAUUAACAAGUUGCUUUCAACAUAUUUUUCUCUUCUGAGGACCGUUGUUGGUGUUAAUUGAAUACGCUCCCUUUGGAAAUCUGCUCGGUUACUUGAGAAGGAGCCGUGGAUUGAAUGACACUUAUUACAAAGACCCGGAUAUCAAACCACAGACAAAUCUGAUGUCUGAACAGCUGAUCAAGUUUGCUUGGCAAAUCGCUGAUGGAAUGAGUUACUUGUCAUCCAAAUCAGUAAGUAACCAACUCAUUGCUAAAUUUUUCAUGGUGUCACAAUCGGGAAAGGCCUCCACUUUCCGAUUAUUCAUUUCAGGUGGCUUCCAUUCGGGCUCUCGAUUUGCAUAUUUUGUGUACAUCCCUUCUUGCACUGGGGAGAGGAAGGUAAUAUUUUUGGCAAAUUUCGCCAAACGUUGGGAAUAAGAGUCUUUCUCAAACGGCCCACAAGAGAAUAGCCGCGAGAGAAUCCGAGCUGGAGAAAUCGAAGUAAAUAUUUUCAUUUUUCCCUUUCUUGCUUUGCCCACUUUUCCUGGUUUUUCCCGUUAAUUUUUGGAUUUUCCUUAAUCCACUGUAAAUUCGUUUGCCUCAUUAUAGCUUAUUGCCUGCUUAACGAUAAGGCGUAGUUUGCUUGGAGGACUGCGGUAACGCAGAGGCAGGCAGUUCAGUAACGCAAACACCGUCAGUUUUGUGUUGUGUUUAAAGGCUCGCGCUCGCCUAUCCCAACAAAAACUGUGGGAACUUUUGUUAUUUUUAUAGUAUGUACUUUAUAGGUUUUAUGGUGCUAUAUAACUGGAUCCAUCUUGCUAUGAAGUUGAUAUUUUUUAAUUAGUCCACGCUAAUCGUCUUUGCGGGUCGAAGUCAUAUAGACAUGGUUUCUUCCUAGAUUAUUCACCGAGACCUUGCGGCCCGAAAUGUGUUGAUGGGUGAAAAAGAAACGUGUAAAUUGACAGGCUUAGGUAUGGCCAGAGAUGUGCAACAGGAAAGGAUUUACGAAAGAAAAACAAAGGUACUAAACCACUCUCCUUGAGAAUGCAAAGUGAUGAACAAGGCUGUGCAGAUAUUACUUUAUAGAUUCCCAAAGGUGAAUAACUUGGUAAUCCAAUUGCUCUGCUAUUCUAAUUUAGAUAUCAGAAUCGAAGUUAAUGUACUAAUUUUUAAUGUUGCAACAUAACUAAAAGCCUUUUAUUCAGGUUUUAAGCCAGUUCGUUGUGACGUUAAUUUAGGGGCCUCUUCCUGUAAAAUGGACUGCCAUUGAAGCUCUCUUGUAUGGAAAAUAUACUACGAAAAGUGAUGUGUGAGUAUACGCUUGAGUUAUUUAGACCUAAUGAAGACUUCUCAGGGUGAACCGUAUUCCUUUGGCGGGAGUAAAUUUAUGAAUGCGAGUAGUGGGGAGGGGUGGUCAGUGACGUUGAACCAAAGUCAUCUUAUGGGGGAGAGUAAUCACGUGAGACCACGAGGAUCUUGUUUGUCCUUACUUCCUGCAUCAUCCAUGCUGUGAAUUUUGUAAUACUUGUAAAUAGUUCGCUAGGCCGAAAUUUUCAAAGAUUUUCCAUUGAAAGCCUUAAAUCUCAAAAUUUUGCGAUUUUUCUGAACAGGUGGAGCUAUGGGGUUCUUCUCUAUGAGAUUUUUACAAUAGGUGAGUCAUCUGGGUGGUCAAAGACCAUGUCAUUAAUGAAGCCGCCAAGUUUCAUUUUAAAGCUGCGUUAACUCUUGGAAUAACAAUGGCUGGCAUUUCAUGUGCAAUUUUUUAAGGCUUGGGUGAGUUUGCCUGUAGUUCUUACCUUAAGGAAAUUAGAACAAAGAAUAUUUACAUACUUCUAUGUUGUGACCAGUCUGUAGCUUUUACGGGUUGGUCGUUUCCAUGAAAUAAAAAAAAUAAUAAACAGUUCAGUAUGAUUAUGGAUGUGGUGUGUAUGGCUCUAUUUCAACCAAGAAAGAUCCAAAAAGGAAUACGCUUGGGUAUGUGUUAGUUUGCUUUUAGUAACAGCAAACGGUCUCUUUCAGGUGGUACACCGUAUCCAAAGGUGGAUGGCACGAAAAUUAUCAAGUCACUACAAGAGGGAUACAGAAUGCCUAAACCACAGCACGUGGAUGAUGAUUUGUAUGAGACUCUUAUAUUGCUGUGAUUUCAUGACGCCAGUUAUGUUGUGGUGUUCUGCUGCGCGCAUGAUCUCGUUUUUGAUUUUGAACCUAUUUUAUUUCUGCAAGCACCUCUGAGAUUCAACUAUAAAAAAAAAAACUUGAAAAGUGUACAGAAUAUUACUUUACUUGAAAAUUGCACAGAUUUCUUCCUCCUGUCGGUACAUUUUAGAAUGCGCUUUACAGAUUAAAGUCUACUCAAACUGAAGACUUUCAGAGUCAGUUCUCCCUAUGCCAAGAUAUCAAUGAGCCAUACGAGACUGAUUGCAUUCAUUGCAUUCAUGAUUGCACUCUCGAUGAUUUAGAAUCGCAAUUAUGACAAAGUGCUGGGAGGACGAUCCCGAAAAGAGACCAACUUUCCAAAGUUUGAAGAACGAACUCAAAGAAAUGGAAAACCAACGCAAGGUAUGAUUGUGAAAUCUACAUUAGAAGUACUUCAUUUCAAUGUUGGAAGGGUUGGCUUGGGGAUCAGGUUUUUGGGGCCAGGUCAAAGUGUGUAACAUUUGAACAGAUGCAAAUCAUAUAAGUAUCAAGAUUAAUCUCCCAGAUUUUUUUUAUACUCUGGCGAUGCCUUAAACUGAUCCCAAUCCUGUACCUUUGGAGAGGCGGCUAACUCGCCAUGUCAUCUCUGGUAAAUUGUGCAUGUUAAAGCGAGAGGGCAAAGUUGAAAUGUGUUGAACAAAGAACCACGCCGCAUCCAUGAAGACGGAAAUAAAUCUAGUAUUAUUUGAUCUAAACAUCCACAAUUUUCGCCGUUUGCUGAUUGAAAAUUGGUGUUUGUUCGUAGUUUUAGAGUAUUUUUAGUUUGAAUUAGAUAUCGGCUCUUAUUGUACUCUACAGAGGCUGCUGAACUUGGAAACUUACGACAACCGACUCUACGAAAACGUCAAGGAUUUAGAAGCAUAGUCGAGCAGGAUAUAGAACUUCUCCUAAAAUGAAAAAUGAACCAGAUCUUGCAGCCCUGCGUCCUGCAGAGGCCUUGGAGAGAUAUUGCUGCAGAGGACUUCAAUUACAUUUUUAGCGUAGACGUGGAAUUAAAUAGAAUUAAUUAGUUAGGCAGAAUUUUUAAAUUAGACCUCCCGAAGGUAAUCUGAUUAAGAGAAUUACUAAUGAUAGAGGAAUCUUAAGCUGACUCGCUAAGAUUGCGUUGUGCAUCCCUAUUGCACGCAGAUAAUUGAAUGCAUAAUAAAUUAAAAUGAGAGCUUUUAUUUUGCCCAAACCUGUAACAAAGGUAAAUUGCGAGGUUCCAGUAAACGAACAUGCUGGUCCGCCUUUUUGAGUGUACGAUAAAUAGGCAAAAACUCUGAUAGCAGAGGUUUUACCCUUGACGUUUUAUUAAAUUGAAAGUAUCAGUUGCCGAGGAGGAGUAUGAGACGGUCCAUCUUUCUAAAAACAUCGA